CCGUACGGUUAGACACAUUAAUUUGAAUAUCUCGUGCAUAUAAUUCCAGGCGACGACAACGGCCUUCGUGGCUAGAAUCCGCUCGCAAUCGAGUCGCAAGGAAGUGAUGCGCGUGCGCGUUCACUUCGCUCCGCUCGGUUCGGCUCGGCGCAGCAGAGGCAGAGCACAGCAGUUACUCGCGGUCGUCCGUGAAUCGCAGGAGCGUGUGUGCUGCGCUUGCGGAGGUGACGAUGUCGCUGUUGCUGGACGCGCUCGAGGACGCUCGACGAGGACGCCAGCGUCUUCCGUAGAUACGCGACGCCGCGGAGCGUCGUCGUGCAUUUAUUCGCGCGGCCGAAGGCGGUGGCCUUCGUCGCGUCAUCGUCGUCGCCGCAGAGGACGGUGACAGCGACCGCCUGUUUUGUCUGGCCCCAUGCGCUCCUCUUCACGGAACCAUGGCUUCUGUGAAGGUGGCCGUGAGGGUUCGACCCUUCAACAAGAGGGAGGUGGCGAUGAACGAGAAGCUGAUUGUGCAGAUGGAUGGCAAGAGGACGCGGAUCUUCAAUACCAAGACACCGGAUAGCUGCAGAGAUAUCGACCGCAGGAAGUACAAAGACUUUACGUUCGAUCACUCCUACUGGUCCUUCGAUCCGAACGACGAAAAUUAUGCGUCCCAAGAAAAGGUUUUCUACGAUCUUGGUACGGACGUAAUAGAAAGUGCCUUCGAGGGCUACAAUGCCUGCGUUUUUGCCUACGGCCAGACAGGAUCCGGAAAGACAUUUACAAUGAUGGGCACACCGGAAUCUCAGGGAUUGAUACCGCGGAUCUGCAAGACGCUCUUCGCCAGAAUGGCAGCCGGAAAAGAGAGCGGAGCGUCGUACAGAACGGAAGUAUCGUUCCUAGAAAUCUAUAAUGAGAGAGUGAGAGAUUUGCUCAGACUGGACCAAAGCCAAUCUCAUUCGCUGAGGGUACGGGAACAUCCCACGGGAGGGCCCUAUGUCCAAGAUCUGUCGUGUCAUCUCGUUUAUGAUUAUUCGGAUAUUCAGGAAUGCAUGGUGAGAGGUAAUACGCACAGGACUACGGCCAGCACAAAGAUGAACGACGUGAGUAGCAGGAGUCACGCGAUUUUUACGAUAACCUUCGUACAGGCCGGCCUCUCGGAAGGCAACAUGCCGUCGGAGACUGUUUCCAAGGUGCACCUUGUCGACUUGGCCGGAAGCGAGCGUGCGAACGCGACCGGAGCGACGGGUCAGCGACUGAAGGAAGGCGCGCACAUCAACAAGUCCUUGGUGACUUUAGGCACUGUGAUAUCCACGCUUUCGGAAUUAAGUUCCGCGAGCGGUGACGCAUCCGUCUCGAAGCGGAACGCGUUUAUCCCUUAUCGGGACAGCGUGUUGACGUGGUUGCUGAAGGAUUCCCUCGGCGGUAAUUCCAAGACUAUCAUGAUAGCGACUAUCAGUCCGGCGGAAUGUAAUUACAACGAUACUCUCAGCGCACUCAGAUACGCCAAUCGUGCGAAAAAUAUCAUCAACAAGCCGACCAUCAACGAAGACGCGAACGUGAAACUCAUUAGGGAACUCAGGGCUGAGAUAGAAAAAUUGAAGUCUCUUAUCGAUAAGAAUAUGAGCGUAGAGAGGCCACCGCAAGUGUUGUUGGCUCAAAUCCAGGAGAAGCAAGAACAAGAGAAGGUAUUAACCGAAGAAUGGACCGAAAAGUGGCGAGAGACGCAACAAAUUCUACAGGAACAAAAAGCGCUGGGACUACGAAAGAGCGGAGUCGGUGUCGUCCUCGAUUCUGAAAUGCCACAUCUGGUUGGCAUCGACGACGAUCUACUCAGUACCGGCGUCACAUUAUAUCAUCUGAAAGAGGGAAAAACGUUAGUCGGCACGGAAGAAGCUCCCGUUGUCCAGGAUAUUGUGCUCACCGGCGCGGAUGUGGAAUCGGAACAUUGCGUGGUCGAAUUAGACAGCGGCGUUGCGACGCUGCAUCCGCUCUCACCUCAUUGCUGGAUCAAUACCGCCCAAGUGGACAAGCCGACGAGACUGUCGCAAGGCUGCAUCAUCCUCCUCGGCAGGAACAACAUGUUUCGAUACAACGACCCGGCCGAGGCGGCAAAACUCCGGAAGGAGGGCGGCUCGGCCAACGGCAAUUUACAGUCGACGGUCGUCAAUCUAUCCAGAUUGUCGCUCUUGAGCUGGAGCGUCUCCGAUCUGCAUGCUUCCUGCUCCAGUGAUAAUCUCGUCAACUCAAGCGAGGAUCUCAGGGCGGUCGAGGAGUUGGAACAACAGAAGGCCGCGCUUCUGAAGGAGAAGGAAGAUUUCAAGAGGGAACAAGAGGAGCGAGAAGAGAGGUGGACCCAGAGAAGAGAAGCGCUGGAAGGUGCCCAGCGCGAAUUGGAACGCGAAUGGGGCGCGCAAUGGAAGGAAUGGGCGGACGCGAUCUCGGCCUUGGAAACGCGUCAGCGCGAGCUGCGCGCGCGACGACAUCUCCUGGAGCAAGAGCGACGGGACGAAAUGACGCAAGUAGAAAAUAUGUGUAGAGAAGUCGCCUAUCUGCGCACAUUAUUGCAGUCCAAGCAUCGACAGCUGCAAGAGCUCGUCAACAGUCAUGAACGCGCGCAAACUUAUCAGCAUCAGUGGGAAAAGACGGAUAACGGCGCCGGUAGCGACGACAGUCUACCCGAGUCGUGGUCCAGCCUCAAUGACGAAAGGUGCAUCGACAACGUGAGGGAACUGGUCAAUCAUCACAAGCAAGAGCUGGCUGCCUUGGAGAACGAGUUGCAGAACAAGGUCAAGUCUCUGAACGAACAUCAGAGCAAGGUGGAUAAGAUGGAGGAGGAGCUGAUGGAGAUCGCGAAGAGGCAAAAGCAGAUAUUUAAAAUGGGCACCGAAGGAGCAACGGAAAAGAAAUUGUUGCUGGCUAAACGGAGUCAGGAACAACUUCAGGAAAUCGUCCGCCGGAAGCAAAGUCUGUCGCUGGAUCUGAAGUGCGCUCUACCCGCGUCUUCGGACGACGACGAUCGUUCGUUAAAUUGUUGCAUCGGAACAGCCUCCAGCUGCGACUCCAACUUCUUCCAGGAGACGAACAAUAGGAGAAUCCUUUCGGACUUGCUGCAAAGUAUCCCGAGCUCCGAUACCGUGGAGACGUUCCACACGGCGGCGGCCGACUCCCCGGAACUUCGCAACUUCGAGGAUGCCAAUACGGCGCAGAUGAACGAUGUCGCGAAGGACGAAUCUGUGAAUUUCGAGGAACGGGAAGGAAGCUGCGAACAAGACGAUCACUCAACGUACGAUGAUACCAACUCAUCCGAAGUGGAGAGUAAAAAUAUAAUGAAUGUCAGUGACAAAGGCAUGGAAUCGAUCAGCGACGAGGAGAGAAAGCCACUUACGGUAUCCGGUAUUUCGGAGAAUAUGCUUCAGGAUUCGCUGGAAUCCCCGAUACAGCAGAAUCCAGCGAUGAAGAGACUCAACCAAAGAAUUGCGCGUCAACGGAUGAUGGUGAUGAGAUGUUUGGACGCUGGUACCCCGUCGAAGGAGGAUCUUAAUCGGCAGAUUAUGAUACUGCAGGACCUACAGAAGCGGCAGAUCGAACUGGAAGUGUCGCUGUUGGAAGACGAACGGAAAAAUCACUCCACCAGACAACUUCAAUGCGGCGAUGGCGAUGACGGCGACGGCGACAAUAGGCUCGUCAACAACGAGGACUAUGUACAAAACGAACCAAGUGCUUACUGUAGUGUUGUAGAACCUACAAAUAAUAGCUCCGCUAUUCUAUUAACGGUAGCGCAAACCAGAUCUCAACUUUUCAGGAAUAACAGGCCUAAUACUAAUACCGAGCAAGAGACUUUAUCGGAAUCGUUAGCGUCUAAAAGAUCCUCGUAUCGGGGUUACUCGACCGUUUAUUUGACGAGUCAAAAUCGCGGUGACCGCUUGAGUAGUCCGUAUUCCCUGACGAUCACGAGAUCUCUGCCGUCGUUGAUAGCGAACGACGGCGACUGCGACAGCGUGAUUAACAUGAUUGUCAGUGUACCGUCGUACGUCAUACGCGGAGCUGGCGCGUCCAGCCACUACGAAUACGAGGUACGAGUCGUGGCACGAGACGAUAGUUGGACGUUGCUGCGUAGAUACAGAAGAUUCCGGGAACUGUAUACAUCGAUGCGACAAAAAUACGGUAGUAAGGUCGCGGCAAUACGCUUUCCCCCACGUCAGGUCUUUCCAAAGUAUGAGGUCGUAGCGAGGCAACGUCGGAAACGCCUCGAAGAAUAUCUUCGUCGAUUGAUUCAAGUUUGCUCGGAACUGCCGCACUGCGAGCCCUUAUACAAGUAUAAUGGCAAUCUCAGCAACAUAGAUAAGCAAUCCUUGUUAGAGUUCAGUCCGUUCUUCAGACGUGGCAUGUUUGAGAGCGGCAAAUACGGAACUAGUUAAAACGCUGUUGCGCAAUUUGACGAGUGAGAGCAAAUACGACAGACCUUUAUAAUUCGUUGUACUUGUUUUCAUUCUUUUUCUAUUUAUAAAAAUGCAGCAGCUGGAGCAAACGAGAUAUCAGCGAAAUGUAGCAAUGGCGAUCUAUAUUGCAGAGCAAGUCCCCCAUGACAUUUGUAAAACUAUAAUACCUAUUUCUUAAAUUACAUAUCAAUUUUAAAGAAAUCUUAUACAAUAUAAACUCAUUCAGUAUAAAACUGAAAUCUCCUAUAAUAUUGUAGGUUUAGUAAGUAUUAUUAAAUUACUUAUUGAAAUAAAUUGAGAGACAAAUGUCGGGUGACGCGUUCUGCACAACUUUUUAGUCGUUAGAAAAAUAUAUGCUUCCGAAAGCUUCUAGCAAUCGUAAGACUGGUUUUAGAAAAAUGAACGUUCCUUACCGAUACUGUCUCGUGCGCGCGUUGCAAGCUUAUAUCAUAGGCAAGCACAUAGGGAUAUUAACGGAAGAGCAACGUCAUAUAUUCUUUAUGAGACAGAGAGAAAGAGAGAAAAUCAUCUAUGGGCGAGGCGAAACAUAUCGCAUCAUAGCAUGACUUAUUUUUUCCUUUACAGAUAUUUUCCUAAUGUCUUUCUCCCGAUAGAAUUCACAAAGUGUACCUUCCUUCGAUAUUGUAGUCAGAAAUCUUGUAGUCGUUAUAUAUGAUUCCUAGUUACGUUUACAAAGCACAAAGAUUAUUGUAAAUUACAUAACGAAUUUAACAGCGACCAUAACACUUUUCAGUAGUUGGCUCGGUAUAAUCCAAAAUUCACUUUGUGCAUCGAGUAACAUUUUGUAUGUGUAAUUCGAAAUAGCAAAGAAACUACUAAUGAAUUGAAAGAACUUUUCAUUAGGAUAAUAAUUAUCAGCUUGUAAAGUUAGCAAUGUAUUACAAGCAUUAACAGAGACAUCAUAUCGCUGUUAAAGUUCUUCCGGUUCUGAGAAGAGAUAUAUAUAGUAUAUAUAGUAUAUAUGUUACAUAUAUAUAAAUGUGUAUAGUGCAAGGAAUUAACAGAUCAUCGUUAAAGUUGGAAUCGUUAUGCAGGUAUCAGCAUUUAUUUGAAUAUUAAUAAUUAAACCAAAGUUUUUAAUAAUUAUUGAUUUUAGGAAAUUGUUGCCGCAUUGCUGUGAAUGACGAUUGAUCGGAUUCGAAUUGAUCAGAGCGCGCAAUUAAAAGUAUUAAAAAUUAUAUAUAUGUAUAAAAGAAAACAACAACUUUAUAUAUGCGAAACUUUGAAAUAAUGCAUAAAAUUGCUUCUUCGUUACAUAGUCAGAACAUUUCUCCUUGUAUUCGGUAUCGGAUAUAAAGAAAAGUAACACUUUCAACUUUGAAAAGAUGCAAUGAUUUAAUACGUUAAAAUAAAAAUUUCUAAGCUAGCUCGAAGCGCCACACAAUAAAUGCUUUUCCGUAGUAUGAUAAAAAGUAUUUAUUCCAUGGCUGUGUGUAUGUGUAACUGGACUCGUGGAAACCCGAUGGGGAUCAUCACUCUGGCUAAUAUAAUUAGUUAAUAGUGAACUCGGCGCGCUCUAGAGCGCACAGCACCAUUGAGAGGUGCGUAUUGCAUAUUAAUCAAGAUGUAUAUAACGAGGCAGUUAUUACUUAUUCGAACGGAGACAUUACCUCACAUUACAAUUUAUAUCGCGAUCGUCAUCCGCUUUUCUUUCUUUUUCUUUUUUAUACUCGACAGACUACGAGAUAUUUGUAUGUUCUGUAAAUGUAACAAACGGAGUACAAUAAAUUGUUAUAAUGCAGCGCA